AUGAAUAAUAUAUUUCAAUCAACAUCAGUUAGAGGUCUUACCACUUCUUUAACAAUUGGAUCAGCUGUAUUAGAAUUGUUGAAACUUUCUGAUAUUUUAGAAGUUAAUUUUUCAAAUGCUUCAAUAACUCCAUUAACAGAAUAUCCAAUUGCAUAUUUUAUACGUCAAGAUAGAAAAGAUAAAAAUCGAUUAAUUAGAGUAUUUAAUGGUUAUGGAGAACAAAAAUAUUCUUUUGAAAGAUUAAGUUCAUUUAAUCCAAUUUGGAGAAUGUUAACUUUUCCAGAACGUAAAGAAAUUGCAACUUUAAAAAUUGGUUUAACUGAUAGAUCAAUAAAUUUUCAUAAUAAAUCAAAUUUACAACAUCGAGUAAUAUUUAAAGAUUGGGGAAUGAAUGGAAGAUUUAGAUCUUUUUAUUUGAAUGAUGGUUGUAAAUAUUCUUGGUCUUCAACAACAAGAUUUUUAGAGAAAGUUAUUAAUCCAAAUGGUGGUGUAGAAGAAAAUAGAAUAAGAGUAGCUAAAGUUAAAUUAAUGAGACAAUUUAAAUUGGAUUUUGAAGUUUUAGUCGAUCAGGAAAAUGUUGAUCCUGAAAUUGUAUUGGCUACUGCUUUUAUUGGAAUGUUUACUCAAUGGGGAGUAGGAAAUUUUACUGAUACUAUUGGUCCAACAUAUAUUCCCCAAAAGAUUACUAGUCAAACCAGUAGAAAAUUGGAAACAAUCGACGAAAGCAAAGAAGAGGAAAUUGACAAGUGA